UUCAAUUGUUCUGUUGUCAGUUGUGGGUUAUCAACGAAGUUGAGAUACAGGUUAAGUUGUGUUUAUGUUUGGAUUCAGUUUUUGACGCUGAAUUCCACUGAUAUGGCCGAAGAAAAUGUAUUUCAUAGUAUAUUGGAAGCGUUGGAGAAUAAUUUACGUGAAAUAGAAAGUGGUGACUCAAAACAAAACGAAACGGAGAUAUUUUCUUUAGAUGGAUUUUGGCUUGCUUUUUGUUUGACAACAAAAUCACUUUCUAAUGAAAUCACGAAACUUUGUAUGUUAUACUCCAAGCCGCCUCUACCUUCCAUGCGGGAGACACUUGAAAUUUUGAAAACCAUUGAAGGUAUUUGUCAAAAUUUGAUAGAAAUAUUUUACACACUUCCAAAAGCAAAGGGAAUAGUACUGCGUAAAGAAGUGCAGAAAUCUGUUAUAAAGCUUCUGCAGUCUGUAACUGCAGUAUUAAAUUCUCUGAAAGAUGCAACUGUUAAAAGUCAGAAAGACCGUUUGAAACUAGUGGGUUGGAUAUGGGAGGCUUGUGGAGAAGUAGAAAAUCUUCCAAGGGACAACAAAGGUGCUGUUUGUCAACUUCUUACCAGAGAAGAGCUGCUGUUGCUUGAUGCCUUGCAAGAAAUUGAAGGUGAAGUGAAAGCUGACUGGGCAGGCGAGACAAAUGUUGGUGAGGAAGUGGAUAACACUGUUAACUGGAACAAUCAAGACAGAGAAUUAUUACCUCCUUGUGUUGGUUUAGUGAAAACAGCUCAGAAGUGUGUGAAGAGGAUUGGCUCAGCUGCCAGAUUGAAUUCAAACUGUGAAACAGAUCAGAAUAUUGCACAGCUAGAUGAUUUAGCAACUUUAGUGCAGGGACUGAGCCCCAUAGUGGAUGACUUUGUGUCUUCCGUGUACCCACCAAUGAACAGGAAUGCUGUUAAAACAGAGGCACUGAAAGUGGCAAAGCAUUUACAACUUCUGCUACAGUUAGCGAAGAACAGUCAUUAUGUUUCAGUUGAAGAUCACACCUGGUUGAAUUUCCUUCUUAAAGCUGUCGAUUACAAUAACAACAAAUUGCAGCCUAUACUUGCACCCUAGUGAUAUUAUAACAUUGAGAGUGAAGUGUACAAGUACGCAGCCUUAUCAAUUCUGAAAGAACUAAACACGUAAACAAGGGAAAAGGAUAAAGUGCUUCCAUGGUAAAGUUUAAUUUAUGAGGAUAGAACAUUUUGAUUUUGAAGCUUCUGCUAUUAUUUAGUGUCACCUUUCCUGAUCAUAUCACUAGGCCAAAAUGAAAUUGCAUUCAAUCUGGGUACAAUGUUUUUGAAAAUCAUAAACAUUGGUAAUGUGUUGAUAUUUGCACCGCAAAAGACUGUUUAAGAUACAGUAUACUGGUUCAGCCAGUUGCUAUUCAUCCCUAAAGAUGACAAAUAAUUGCAUGAAUAGUUAAAGAUUGAAUAAGUACUUACGUACCUCGAAUUUCUUUAAUUUUUCUUGCACUUAAGUCGCAUUUAUGCAAAGCAGUCAACAUUAAGAGACUGACUUGUCUUUUGUCCAUUUUUGUGUAUCUUUGGUUGCAGGAAUUAUUGUAACAAACUUAAGGUUUGUUUCUUUAUAUCUUGUUAAUAAUUCUCUUUUUAAUAUACUGUCUACAUUCAGCCAGAUCCUUCCCAUUUUUAUUUGCUAUGCAAAAAAUGAUCAUACCCAGACUAAUAUGGAAGUAAAACAACAACUGUGUCUUGUAGAACUUGUCCUUAACCUAGAGAUAUAAAGUACAGUGUUAGGAAACCUUAGAUCUUUCUUACAGAUUGAUUUGUUUCAUUUGAAGAAGAUUGUUUUUAAUGGAUGGUGUAAAUGUGGAGCAAAAGAGUUGUUCUAUAUAAGGAUGUAAAUAUUCCUUUUUAUAUAAAAAAAAAAGAUGAAAAAGCCUUUACUGUGUAAAUCAACUUUGUAAACUAUGUAAACAGAAGAAUGUAAU